ACCUUUUGCCCUUGUUUCUAGCUGCGUUUUCUUCACAGAAUGCAAGAUGUGGCCGUUUCAGGCUGGACCAUACAGCCCCAACAGUGCCAGUGCAGCGCCACCCUUCGGAACGCUUCCUUUCACUCCCAGCGCCUUGCCCAAUGCUGAUUUGGCAGCACAAGCAUGUCAUCAGGCCCCACAACUGGAGUCCCUCGUUGCAGGUGUCAGCAGCCGAGUCCAGAAAUUGGAGCGCUCCAGGGGUCAAAUUUCGAAGGAUCUGGCUGACAUGCUCAGUGAAACAAAGCAGAUGCAGCAAAUCGCUGGCUGUGAAAGCAAGGCUUCAGAGGAGCCGGAGGAAACAGUCCCUACCAUGAGAAGGGGCAUUCGCAGCAAAACGGUUCCAGCGGGGAACCUGCCACAAGUUCCGGAAGGUGGCCCACUGCGAUCCUUCACGUCUGAGCGGCUGUGUCCCCCACCUGGCCUCGCAUUGCCGGUGCCGGAAAGUCUCUCCGUGAAGACAAAGGACAUCGACGGAGUUGCUGCUUGCAGGAUUGAGUGGCGGAUUGAUGGCAUCAAGACCAAGUUCAAGGAUUGCCUGGUAAGGCCACUGGUGUCCCCCCAGUUUGAGGCCGCUGGUCUUCCAGAAUUGCGACUACUGGUCUUUCCCAACCUGGGCGAUUUAGAUGGCCUCACCAUGCGAGAACAGAAGUCGAGAUACGAGGUCCGCUUUGCCGAGGGGCCUUUGAGUGGAUCUGUCAAGUUCAAGGUCGUCACUGAGACUGGUGGUCGUUUGGACAUCAAGUUCAACUUGUUCAUUGGCGACGUCGUUCAGGGGCCGCUGGCGCACAACUUUGCUGACCACGUCAUGGCUGGCUUUGAUUUCAGCAACAAUUGGUUGGAAUCUUCCGCCGUUGGAUCUCUGACAAUAGGUGUGGAGGUCAUUGAGGUGAACGGCGUAGGAGCCGAAGAGGCUGCCGAAGCUGCUCGCAGCAGGGCUUCCGGUUCUUAA